UGCUCAGGUGCGGCACUUGAGUAAAGUUCCUAAGUAAAAACGAGAAUACGAAACGGGGCGUAGUUCUUUUUUUCGUGCGUUGCACAUGCGCUUUGAUCACGUAACAGCCAUGUUUGCCUGGACACGCUUCAUUAAAUCUUUCUGAAUUAGCAACUAACGGACAGUGUCCUCGACGCAAUGCGUCCAUCACUAUUUCCCAAACUAAAGCACAAUUAAUUCAAUAUUCGUAUCCGGUUAAGUUCUUCUCGGUGGACUUUGAAGGUUUGCGGCCUGCCGUAGCCUAGCCUAGCCUAGCCUGCUAACAAAGAGCCACCUUUGCGAUCACUAUUUUGCUGAGUAGAGCUCAUGUUUGAGCGGAAAGUGUUGUGGUUGUCUUGAGAAAAUGUGUGCAAGAAGGACAGCAGAGUACGAGGAGGAUUUUUGUGGACCAACAGAUGAGAACGGUCCACAACGUCACCAACUGGACGCUGGUUGCGGGCUUCAGCCACCAGUCGAGUUACACAGUGCAGUUGAGGCUUCAGUAAAAUUAUGGGAUAGCAAGACAGUUACAGAAGAGAAGUCUUACUGGUUACUGCCCUCUUCAGUUAAAAAUGUACAAUAUAAAAUGGUUCAAGACAUUGACUUCACCUCUGCAAAGAUGACAAAGAAGAAACUGGACAAGGCACUUUUGACAGGCGAAACCCCUUCUCCCACAAAACGACACAUCAAUGAAGAUCUUCUGGAGCAACAGGAGCCAGAGUCUUCUCACAUUCAAGACUAUGAAGAAUUGGAGCCUCCCCACAUCAAAGAAGAGGAAGAAUUCCCUCACAUUCAAGAGGAUAAAAAAUUGCAACCUCCCCACAUCAAAGAAGAGGAGGAAGAAUUCCCUCACAUUCAAGAGGAUGAAGAACUACAGCCUCCCCACAUCAAAGAAGAGGAAGAAUUCCCUCACAUUCAAGAGGAUAAAAAAUUGCAACCUCCCCACAUCAAAGAAGAGGAGGAAGAAUUCCCUCACAAUCAAAACGACGGAGAACUAGAGCCUCCCUUCAUCAAAGAAGAGGAAGAAUUCCCCCACAUUGAAGAGGAUAAAGAAUUGGAGCCUCCUCACAUCAAGGAGGAGGAGGAAGAAUUUCCUCACAAUCAAGAAGAGCAAGAAUUCCCUCACAUUCAAGAGGAUAAAGAAUUGGAGCCUCGUCACAUCAAAGAAGAGGAGGAAGAAUUCCCUCACAUUCAAGAGGAUGACGAACUGGAUCCUCCCCACGUCAAAGAAGAGGAGAAAGAAUUCCUGCACAUGGAAGAGGAAGAUAUCACAGUUCUAGUGGCAAGUGUCCCUGUGAUUAGUGAAGAUCAAGCUAUAGGUGAAAGUGAGGAGAACAGAGGGGUGGAGGCUUCGGGCAGCAGCCAGGAGGAGGAUGAUGAACAGUCUGAAUGUCAUAAGAGAAGUCACAAUGACAACAAACAAUGGAAAUGCUCUCAGUGUGGAAAAACCUUUGACUAUAAGAGUCGUUUGAAAAGUCAUAUGAUUAGCCACACUGGGGAGAAGCCUUUUGCAUGUUCAGUUUGUGGUCAAAGAUUCUCUGAAAAGGGAAACCUGGGGAGACACACAAGAACACACACUGGAGAAAAACCAUUUUCCUGCUCAACUUGCGGUAAGAGAUUCACUCAAAAGGGACCGUUAAUAUUUCACACAAGAACACACACUGGAGAGAAACCUUAUGUCUGCUCAUUUUGUGGACGAAAAUUCUCCCAUAGGGAUUACUUAAUUCGUCACUCGAGAACCCACACUGGGGAGAAACCUUUUGUGUGCUCAGUAUGUGGGCAAAGAUUCUCUGAUAAUGGAACUCUGACUAAACACACAAUAAUGCACACUGGAGAGAAACCCUUUGCCUGCUCAGUUUGCGGUCAAAGAUUCUCUCUUAAAAUGAACUUGAGAAGUCACAUGGGAACCCACACUGGUGAGAAACCCUUUGUCUGCAUAGUGUGCGGACAAAGAUUCUCUCGCAAAUACGCUUUGACUACUCACACAAGACGACACACUGGAGAAAAGCCCUUUGCCUGCUCAGUUUGCAGCCAAGGAUUCUCUCGUAGACACAUGUUGACAACACACACUAGAACACACACUGGUGAGAAACCUUUUUCGUGCUUGGUUUGUGGUCAGAAAUUUGCUCAAAAAGGUAACUUGAUAAGUCACACGAGAACCCACACUUGAGAGAAACCUUAUGCCUGAUUAGAUUGUGAUGAAAGAUUCUAUCAGAAGGGUAAGGUUGAGACACAAGUGUGUUGGUGUCAAAAGAUGUCUUAAAUGAAAUCGAGCUAUAUGAGCUCAUUGAAUUGAUUCCAACUGGGCUAUUUUGGUUGUCUUGGAAACAACUACACCUUUCAUCGCAGCAGAUUUUCAUUAGUUCAUGAACCUCUUACCUGCGCGGUCUUCAUCAGUUCAUUCAGAAAGGCAAGAUAGGACAGCUGUAACCUUGAAUUUCCAACUGUCAUUGUCAUGUAAGACACUCGGAACAAUCCAGUUGUUUAAUGCGCUGAGAACGAAAUGACUUGGAUAAAAUGAGAGUAUCCACAGCCAUAGAUAUUUAAUAUUGAAAGAAACAACAGUGACACUUGAUUUCGUAUUCUAGCACUUUUGUUUUUUUUUAAUAUAUUCUAUGUACUUUCUUGAACGUCUCUUGGGGCCAAAUGUUUACAGCACUUGUACAGUAUGGAUAAUGUAAAACAAUAGAAAGAAUGUAAGGAAAUAAACGGCUGA